CCCGCAUAGGUAUUAUUGUUUUGGUUCUUCUACUAGUAUUUUCUUCAAUUUAAUACUUUAAUAUCUGUGAUUCUUAGUUCGAAUUUGUUUCGUCCACAGUGAAAACCACAAAUGAAUCCGUUCGACAACUUGAACAUAUCAAACGGGUGGCUAGAAUUGUUCAACGUCGACGAACGACAGCCGUGUCGCAAGUGUUUCAAGUCUAGAAAGUAUUUUUGCUACACUUGUUACACGGUCAACUCGGACUUGGAAAAUAAAAUUCCACGACUCAAGUUGCCGCUGAAAAUCGACGUCAUCAAACACAGCCGCGAAAUAGCCGGCAAAAGCACGGCCAUUCACGCAGCGUUAAUAGCACCGGACGACGUGACCAUUUACAUAUACCCCGACAUGCCUACCUAUACAAAAGACGACAAGGUAAUUCUAGUUUACCCUGGAAAAUCUUCCGUCAGCCUUAAGGAAUUCUACAAUAAGGCGAAAAACCAAGCAAUUGACGAGAGCAUUGGCGCAAAGAAUUGUUACGGAGAAGUCAUUACGCACGCCCUGUUCAUCGAUAGUACGUGGAGUCAAAGUAAAGGAAUACUUAAAGAUUCUCGGAUAGCGGGGCUACCUUGCGUAAAAUUACAAAUAAGAUUAUCUCAGUUUUGGAGGCACCAAAAAGGCAGUCCGAGGUGGUUUCUCGCCACCAUCGAAGCUAUCCAUCAGUUGCUCGUAGAAUACACGUACGUCGCCAAGGAUACGCAACUAUGCGACGAAUACGACAAUUUAUUGUUUUUCUUCCGAUUUAUGUACGAAAAAAUCCAUCAGUUGUACGAACACGAUAAACUAAUGUCGUACAGGAGACCGGUAAACAUAUAAAGAAGAAAUGAAAAAAAUGUUAAAAGUGCAAAUCAAUCAAUGUAAUUUUUGUAUUUCAA